UUUUUUAAAGACUAGAAAAAUGUCAAAAGCUUCUCUUAAAGGUAUAGAUGACUUGGCACAUUUGUUAAAAGGCGUCGCAUCAAAGGAAAUCAAGUCAAAAUACGCGACUGAUUAUUACGAGGAAUACGAAAAGCUUAUGAAGAACCAUUACAAGAAUAGAAAGAGAAGGGAAGCUACCGUUCCAGAACCAACAUAUGAGAAGCUUUUUUCAAAGAAAAAUUCAACAAAAAGUAUUAUUUUCAAUAAAGUAGAUCAACUUGAGGAACGCCAACUUCCGUAUUGGCGUCAAUUGGACAGCGCAAAAAUGGAGCUGUUGGAUAGAGGUUUGGGACCGCGUAAUAUUUUUGAGGAACAGAUUGAAUGGACAAAGAAGGGGAAGAUGUGGCCCUAUCCUAUUGAUAAUGAAUAUUUGCUUGGAGAAGAGGACAAUGUCAGCUUUGUCGACCACGUCUUUCUUGAAGCAGAACUUUCAAAGCACAAACUUCCACGUUCUGAGGCUAUUGAUCAUUAUAUGGAACUUGUACUUACCGGUCUUUCAAAGAAUCCGUACAUGUCUGUAGAGAAGAAACACGAACAUAUUCGUUGGUUUGCUGAUUAUUUCAAAGGCGCCGCUGAAGGAAAAUACAAAGAGUUAUUUUUUUUCAAUAUGCCACUUACUAAUGGAAAUGAUUUGCUUGCAGCAAUUCAUCAUAAAGGAGCGAAGGAUGAAAAAAGCACUUCAUCCAUUCUAUUAAAUUCGUUGCGAUUUAAACAAGCUCAAGAGAGGGAUGAAUUGGAGAAGCUCUUUUUAAAGGACAGAAUUAGUUGCAAGAAUGACGAGCUUAGUCAUGAUGUUGGCAAUGUGGGUAGAAGUGAAGUUUGUUCCGGACCGAGUCCGCCCUAUGGUCAAAGGAUUAUUAAUGGACAGCAUUAUGAACCUCUCCCAACUUUUCCUGUAACUUCACAUCAACAGAUUGGGCAUCAACAGAUUGGGAAUUAUCAAUUUCAACAGUCGCUCAUGUCCAACUAUUAUCAGCAAUUUCCACAGUUUUGGUUAAAUAAUUAUCAGCAAGCGGUUCAACUCCAAUUGAAUUAUAAUGCUGACUUGUCAUCGCAAAUGAAUGGACAAUCGUUCAGAAAUUUAUCUAAUCAACGGCAUAUUGCUGACAAACAAUUUUAUAAUGGUUUGUGAGAUAUUUGUUGUCUAAGGUUUACGGAUGCGGAUCCAUAAAAGUUAGGAUUAGGGCUCAUCAUUACGGUGCGGGGACUGUUUACGGGGAAUUCGUGUUAGGAAAUGGGGCGGGAAGUCCCCCCGCGAGCUUCUCCCUUGGGAACGGGGAUCGGCCCCAGUUAGGAUGUCAAGGAAAUUUACUGAUCCGAAAAUUGCGGUUCGAAUAUCAGGUCGUGGGAGUUCCCAGGAUCCGCCAACCUUUGUAUUUUCUAAGUAUAAUUUGUCAUAUUUUUUGUAAUUUAUCUAUAUUUUGUAUUUAUUUCUUAUAUUCUAUAAAGC